AUGCCGGAUGAUGUGUCGCUAUCUCACUGUGAGGGAGCUCAUGAAGAAAGAGAGAGGAAAGAGAUCGAUUCUCAUACUAUUCAACUAAGCUCUCUCUUCCCUUCAUCAUCAUCAUCCUGUGUUCUUUCUUCCAGAGCGUCUAAUACAAAGUCCUCACUGCACGUGACGCACAGACACGGCACGUGCUCGCGUUUAAGCAGUGGCAAAGCCACGACUCCAGACCAUUCCGAGAUCCUCAGACUCGACCAAGCGCGCGUAAAUUCAAUCCACUCGAAACUGUCAAAGAAGCUCACAGACCGAGUCAGACAGAGCCAGUCAACGGAUCUACCUGCUAAAGACGGAAGCACAUUCGGAUCAGGAAACUACGUCGUGACGGUCGGAAUCGGAUCACCGAAGCACGAUCUGUCUCUGAUCUUCGACACGGGCAGCGAUCUGACGUGGACUCAGUGCCAGCCGUGUGUACGAAGUUGUUAUUCCCAAAAGGAACCAAUCUUUAACCCUUCAUCGUCUUCUUCUUACUACAACGUCUCUUGUUCAACGGCGGCGUGUAGUUCUCUCUCCACCGCUACAGGAAGCCCUGGAAGCUGUGAUGCUUCGAAUUGCGUCUACGGUAUUCAAUACGGCGAUCAAUCGUACUCUGUUGGGUUUCUCGCCAAGGAGAAAUUUACGCUAACGAGCUCCGACGUCUUCGACGGCGUUUAUUUUGGCUGCGGCGAGAAUAACCAAGGACUUUUCACCGGUGUCGCUGGACUUCUCGGUCUUGGCCGCGAUAAGCUCUCAUUUCCGUCGCAGACGGCAACGACCUACAAUAAGGUCUUCUCCUACUGUCUGCCUUCGUCCGCUAGCUCCACCGGUCAUCUCACAUUCGGAUCCGCCGGAAUCUCCAGAUCCGUCAAAUUCACGCCGAUUUCCGCUCUCACAGAAGGCACAUCCUUCUAUGGCCUCGAUAUCGUCGGAAUCACCGUCGGCGGUCAGAAAUUGUCGAUUCCUCCAACUGUAUUCUCUACUCCGGGAGCUCUAAUCGAUUCCGGAACCGUCAUUACUCGCCUCCCGCCGAAAGCCUACGCGGCACUGCGAAGCGCGUUCAAGGCGAAGAUGUCAAAGUAUCCGAGUACGUCGGCUGUUUCGAUCCUUGACACGUGUUUCGAUCUCUCUAAAUUUAAGACGGUGACGAUCCCGAAGGUGACGUUCACUUUCAGCGGUGGCGCCGUCGUGGAGCUUGGCUCGAAAGGGAUUUUGUAUCCGUUCAAGAUAUCGCAGGUAUGUUUGGCGUUUGCUGGGAAUAGCGACGACAAUAACGCGGCCAUCUUUGGGAACGUGCAGCAGCAAACGCUAGAAGUUGUGUACGAUGGUGCGGGCGGUCGGGUCGGAUUUGCCCCGAAUGGGUGUAGUUAA